AUUUUAGAUGAUGACCAAACGUUAGGUUCAUUCUGCAGAAAUAGUUUUCUAUACCGUAAUCUCUCUCCGUGCUGCAAACAUAUAUAGCUACGAGCAUAGAAUUCCGCAUUGGAACGCAUUUGAUACGGAGCGAGCUCGCGUUGCACCGUUCACCGUUCUGUAAGUGUUAUGAAUACAAUGACGAAACGAUUUGCGCAGCCCCUUGCACAGCGAAGAAUUAACGAUACCGUGAUUAGUCACGUUUCGAACGUAAUGUAUACGCAGCCAUAUAUACUGCCAGUACUUUUUAUUGUCUACAUCUCUUUGUUUUUGCUGCGCUUAAAAAAUAAUUAUAUUCAUAUGUAUAUUUAAGCCUUGAGAGAGAAAAGAACGAAGAUUUAAAGAAAGAUAAAAAUUCGAAUCUUGAAGGACUCAAGUUUCUUCAGCAUCUCAUUUUACGGAUAUAUAUUACUAUUAUUACUACUACAUAUCAUAGACUUUACAAUAUUAUAAUAAAUAUAAUUUUUAUUUACUUCUUUAUGACACACAUACACAUACUCCAAAUUCAAUAAAUUCCAUAGCUGUUUUUUACGAAGUUUAUCACUGCAUGAAUUUAAAAAUAUUGGAAAUUAUUUAUGUAAUGUAAUAUUAAUAGAGAGAUAGAAGAUAUCUUUUACGAUACAGCGAUUAAAUUCAUGAAAAGAAAACGUUCAAUUUUUUAUUUGCAAUUUAUAAACACAAUUUAUGUCACUGCAUCAAGUUCUAACACCAUAUACUUUCGCAUUGUAUGCGCUAUCUGCGGCACGUGAUCUCUUUCUUCAAUCCACGUGCGAAUAUGACGUUCUGAAAUGAGGUACACGAAGCGCCACCUUGCGCGGUAGGCAUAAUUCUAUUAAUUAAUUGUUAUUAAACCUUACCAACCAUAAAUAACUUUUUAUUCGUAGCAGAUAAAACCGUCGAUAUGACUAUAAAUCAUUGUUAUUUAUUUUAAAUAAAUUUUCAGAAUGAAGACUAUGGCAUAAUGCAAUUUUCUAUCGAUCCCUUCAUAUAUUAAAUAAUAUGUUACUUGCAAAUGCAACUUGCAAAUUGUAUUCAAUCAGUUUCAAUCUCGCUACGUGAAAAUAGAAAGUUCUUUUCACCGUCACUAAGUUGUACUACUUAGAAAUGGAAUUACGUUUCAUCCAACAUGCACUUUUAUCGUCUCAUUUUGCAGCCAAAGGAUAAUAAAGAUCCCCAGCAGAUCUCUUUGCACCUACGAAGAUGGAAACUAGCUUUUUGCCUAGGCGCCUGUAUCAUCGCAACCCUUUUAUCAAGAUCACCGACGCCUACAGAAUGGCAACCCCCAUUACCCCGGAGCCUGAGCGCGAGCUGCGUGCAGUCCACUUGGCGUUGCAAAUGCUUCGAAACCACUUUGCAUCUCUUUUUAUUUCAAAGAAGAAAAAGAUAGAAAAUGUUCUGAAGCAUUUCCAGCGCUAAGUGGACCGUACUCUUUAUUACCCAUUGAACAAUGCAAAAUACAAAAAUGUAGUAAAUACUUGUCAUUCUGUCAGCAUCGGCUAAAGAUAACGUAUGAUACACGAACGUGCAACCGGAUCCAAAGUGCGUCUGGUCUUCUUGCUCCUCCUAGUAAAUAUCUUGCAAGUGAACAAAGUAGAAGUUAUUAUGACGUCUUUAACGAAUUUGCCACCGGUAGCAAGGCUGUCCAGCCAAGUAAUUCGUAUUUUGGGAUGCAACCCUGGAAAGAUGACAUUGCAAGGAACCAACACUUACCUCGUGGGCACAGGACACAGACGCGUAUUGGUUGAUACCGGGGAAAAAAAAACAGCGGACGCUUACAUAAAGGUCUUGAACAAUGUGUUGACUGAAGAGAACGCAACUAUCCAGCACGUGGUGAUUACUCAUUGGCACCAUGAUCACAUCGGUGGAGUGAAGCCUGUGCAAAACUUGCUGAAGGAAUUAUUUCCCACGGCUGAAUCGCCAAUCGUGUGGAAGCUGCCACGAUCACAGACCGAUCAGGACAGGUCGGACGAUGAGACGUCCGUCCAGUGGGAACCCCUGAAGGACGAGCAAGUGGUGGAAGUCGAGGGAGCGAAACUCCAAGUGAAAUACACACCGGGACACACUACCGAUCAUGCCUGUCUGUUGCUGCAGGAGGAAAAUAUCCUGUUCAGUGGCGACUGCAUCCUCGGAGAGGGCACGGCAGUCUUCGAGGAUCUCCACGAAUACAUGCUAUCGCUGAAGGAGAUUUUAAAGAUGGAGCCCAAGAUGAUUUAUCCAGGUCAUGGACCGGUCAUAGACGACCCUGCGCCACGCGUACAAUUUUAUAUCAAUCACAGGCAGCAGAGAGAAGAUGAAAUUCUGCGGAUGCUAGAUGAGCAGAAUGACAAGCCGUUGACGGAGAUGGACAUCGUCAAGCAGCUGUACAAAGAAACCCCAGAGAACCUGUGGCUAGUUGCGGCAUAUACCGUGGGACUCCAUCUUCGCAAGUUGCAAAAAGAGGGGAAAGCACAAGAGGAAAAAACUGGAGGCUGGUGGAGAGUUAAAGGCAAACUAUAAUGUGAAUAUACAUGAUAGACGAAAAACUAAUUUUUAGAAAAUAAAACUUGCAUAUUUACAUGUUUGAGAUAACUGUAAUUAAAGCUUUAUCAGAUGUAUAGCUUGAUAUUUUAAGAAGCAGUGUAUGCAAAUUUCAGAAUUAUAAAAAUUGUAAAUAUGAAAGGAGAGGAAUCUUAAUCCUUUGACUGCGGGCGAUCCGAAAGCAACUUGCGCUGUGUAUCAUCGAGUUGACAGCCGUCGUUUUAUAUGCAAAUUGUCAAGAUUAUCUUCAAGUGCCAAGAAAAAGAUCAAACACCUAAAGACGAUGACAAUACCCAGCAAACAAUCACUAUAAGUGUGACAAUCGUCAGCUAUAGCAGUCAAAGAAUUAAUUCAAGAUCUCAACAUGAAGAACUCCGUAACAUCUUCUACAAGAUCUGUUAAGAUUUGAAUUUUUAAUUAUAAACUCAAAUCUACAUUUAAAUCUACAUUUUAAAAAAAUCUCAAUUCUAUAUCUCCAAAUUUCAGAAGAAUUCAAAACGAGGAGAAUUCCACUUUAAAUCGUUGAUAUGAAUUUAAAAAAAAGAAGCAGGUAAAUAUUACGCGGCCAGCAGCAGGCAACGAAUGUCAUUGUGAAACAUUUAUUCAACUCACAGGAGUAAAUAAUGAUACAUUGUUACGAAUUUUUGUCAAAGUUAGGCUGAUAGCUGUUAUCAUUGAUGUGCGUACAGCGAGAAGAGUAGACGUUUUAUAAGUAGACAUUUUCACGAGGUAUAUAUCGCAAGUGGUACACAUCUUCCCUGUUUAGGCAGACCAUUAAUCAUCGCGUGCGACACAUUACACACACAACGAUCAAUAUAAAAUAUAUUUAUAAUAUAUAUAUGUAUAUACGUGUAUAUACUUGGCUAAGACAUGUGUUGUCGCGACAAUAAAUGUUUCUUUAUAUUUUUC